AAAUAACAAUGAAUAAUUUAGUAGGGGAAUUACGAUCAGAACCGAAAGAGCGAGAAAUCGAAGCCACACUGAAAUUUCCCCUCUCUCGAGAAUCACCGGUCCAAAUAUAGAUUUCGACAUCAUCUCACCUUCAUUAAUUGACAAGGCACGCCUUCAGUUAGGAUUUUCAGUAGAAUCUUCCAAAUGGUGUUUGACAGUUUGUGACCUUUGGGUUUACUCAAAUGCUCUGUUUGAUGGAGCUCCGAUAGCGCAGAAACUUGCCACAGACGAAUCCAAAACAUGGAGUCUGAGUUCAAAAAGCAAGAAGCCAGCAAGAGGUCAGAGGACGCCGAUGAGGGAAAGUCCCUAAGUGAGCAGCUGUUCUAUGCUGGGGAGAAAGGGGGCGUUGAAAAAUGUUCAGAAUUGAUUGAUAGAGGAGCAGAUGUGAACUGGAAAGCAGGUUCAGAAUUGUGGUUCAGGACCCCAUUGAUGCAGGCAGCUAAAAGUGGAAUGACUGCAGUGUGUAAACUGUAUUUGGAAAAUGGUGCCAAAGUUGAUGCAUUUACAAAGAGUCAAUACACUGCAUUGACAUUAGCUGCCCGAUAUGGAAAAACAGAUGUAUGCCAGCUGUUAUUUAGUAAUGGAGCCAAUGUGAACAAUCAAACAACGGAUGGUGAGACACCACUUAUGUGGGCAGCUCAUAAUGGCCAUUCAAAGACCUGUAAACAUCUUUUGAAAUGUGGAGCAAAGGUUGAUCUUCAGGAUAAGUACCGUUUCACAGCACUGAUCCGUGCUGUCAAAGGUGGUCAUGAAGAUGCCUGCUCAGUUCUUUUGGAGGCUGGGGCAGAUGUAAAUGCUACUUCAAGACUUGGAGAUAAGGUCUGGGAUGCUGAGUACUGGGCCACAAGAAAUAAUCAUUCUCGUAUUGUGAAGCUGAUAAAGAGUCAUAAAGUGCGCUGUUCCCUUCUUAAAGAUGGCUCUGAUCUGCCCUCUUACGUUACCCUUAAUGUAUGCGGCGCCGUCAAUGCAGGGAAAACAACUCUCAUUGCAAAACUGCAAAUGAAUUUCGUGCAGCGACGACUGAACAGGCGAAAUGAACCGGACACGAGCCAAGAUAUGUCUUCAAGAACUGCUGGGAUUGGAGUGGGGAUCAUUAAAGUUCCUGGGGUCGGUGAGUUCCGUAAAAUGGACAUGGCGGGUCACACUUGGGCUUUCACAAGCAAUGAGUACUUUAUUGGCAAGAGGACAUCCAUAUCUUUGGUCUUGUUUGACUUGAGUAAAGCGGACGAGGAAAUCAAAAAGGAUUUGUUCCAUCACCUGGGUUCGUUGAAGGCCAGGGAGACAAAGGUUGGCGUACUUCGUUUUCGUCCAGAAGUCGUGUUGAUUGCGACACACAUUGACAAAGUAGAACUGGGUACUGAACCGCAACUUCGAGCAAAUGCCUAUUUCAGGAAGGCAAAGGAAUGCUUUCAAGCUUACCUGAAUUUCUAUCGUAAAGUGAUGGUCUUGGAUUGCACUAAUCCUAAUGAUCAUGAUUUCGAGUCGUUGCGCGAUUGCCUUAAGGAGCUUCGUGACAAGAUAAUCAAGAACUCCGAUCGAGUGCCUCGCCUAUGUGCACAGCUAUUGCCUCACAUUCGUGCGUGGGCAAAGGAGAGAAAAUCGUUUCCUGUUAUGUCCUGGCUGGAUUUUGUUGCCAAAGUGCGAGAGAUCAACAAUACUGCUGACGAAGAAGGAGUCAGAAAUAUCGCUUUUUAUCUGAAUGAAAGUGUCGAGAUCGUGAGUGACACUUCCCCUGAGCUUCGUGACAAAGUCGUCCUUGACGUCAAUUGGUUGACAUCUCACAUUUUUGGAAUCGCCUUGGCUCCCGCCAACUUCCCGCGUUCUCUCCGAUUCGACAGAGUCUGUGGAAUGGUUGAAAAAUCCGACCUGGAAGCCACCUUUCGUGAAUGCCCUUUGAAACAGCUUAUAGAGCUGUUGGUACGAUUUGAAGUGUGUCUCCCAUGGGAUGAAGAAAAUCUUGUUUGUGAAAACUACCUCUUCCCUAGUCACCUGGAAACGAAUCGCAAUCUGGACGAUUUAUGGCCAACGAAGUUCGGUAGAAGUGACAGCGAUCGUUGUGUUGUUGGCCGUAUUGUCGAGUGCAAGAACAAAACGGAUGCUCUUCCUAACAGCUUCUUUCCAAAAUUCCAGAUCCGUUUGUUGAAACGCUUUGGACACAAAAGCCCAGUUUGGAAUCGCGGCAUCAAAAUCGCAGAUGACACGGUGGAGAUCCUUGCCACACUUUCAUCUAACCUAAAAGCGGUGAAUGUCUGUGUGUGGGCGCCUAAAGGAUGCGAGGAGCGUUGUUACUACUCCCUGACGUACAUCGAGAGACUCAGGGAUGAUCUACUUGACGAGGUUGCCGGGGGGAUCGAGUUUGUUGAGAAAGCCAUGAGCAUCGAGGUGCUGAAACGCAGAGAAUUUGAGGGUUACCCUUUGAAAGAAGUGGACGAGGCGCUCAAGAAAGGUGGUCCAAAUGCCAGACUCACGCUAGAAACAUAUGCAGUAAACGAAAGGGCGAUUGAUGUGCGAUACUGCGGGAUCAGACGGUACUCGCACCCGUGUGAUCACAUAAGUCACUUCCCGCUGAGGGAAAGAAAGGCAUUAUCCAAGAUACUGGACUCCAGUAUUGAAUCUGAUCACUUACAGCUGUUGUCAAACCAACUGAAAGUGCCAGUGGAACACGAGGAUAGUGAAUCUGGUUUCACUAGCGUUAUUCCGGGAAGUAAAACAGAUCGGUACCUCUCACGCUGUGCCUUUGAACGUGAUCUGAGUACAGAUGACUUGAUUCAAGCUUUUGAGCGUGCCAACCAAUUCCAAGCUGCUACAAUUGUUAGUCAGUGGCUUGCCAACGUUCACAGCGCUCAAGACAUUAAUGCACUGGACAGAACUAGAGGUGAAAGCAGCGCUUCCGGGAGAAGCUAUUCCAUUGGUUCACGCAGUCGUUGGACAAGUGGAGCGUCCGAACAUUCUGAAGUACGAACAAGGAGUACGGAAGGGAGCAGUGCCUCUGAGGGAAGUCCUUCCUUAGUAAACAAAACAAGUGUUAACGGGAUAAGGAACCCGCUUCCACGGGCCAGUCCUCAACAAAGCUUUGACUCCCCCGACAGAAAAGAAAGCGGUGCAUCGGAGAAUAGUCUUCACUUUGAUGUGGAAAAAGUGAGGUCUAGUAGUGGAUUUUCUUCCUCAGGAGGCAGUUUCACUGGAGGAAACUUACGACCUCGUUUUGAGAGCGCAAGUUCAGCUUCUGGGCUCAGCUACCCAACUGAAGAGUCCUUCUGGGUAUCUCACGAAAGGCUUUCUCGUGAAGUAUCUCAAACUGGUUCAACAGAGCAAGUUGUACCUGAGCCUCGUCUUGUUGCCCAUCCUUGCUCGAAUUGUAAAUACUGUGAAACAAAACUACCUGCACAAGACAACGAAGGUACCGAGCCACCCCUCAGCAUAGAAGAAACAUCGCAAGAUACAGGUGCUAAUGCACAGCGGAAAGAUUCUGAUCGUGACGCAUUACCAAGUCCCAUCCAGGUUUCUGAUGGCGUGUCUGAGGAAGAAGCUACCGAAAAAGAAUCAAUUCCAACGUGUGAGACUGCAGGAGAACCGGAACUUGGCGAAUCGUUUCCGUCGAUAAGGCAACUUAUUCCCGAGCUCUCCACGAGGUUGAGUGUAAAUUGGAGGCCCGUUGCUGUUGAUCUUGGUGUCAGAGGUUGUGACCUUCGACGUCUCGAAGACUCCAGCUUGCUUCGUGUCCAGGCGAGUGGAAUGUUGAAACUCUGGUUGGAUAACAACAUGUGCUCCUUUAAAUGCGCAGAUUGUCAAAACAUGAUCUCAAAAAGACUUGCAGAAGCAUUUGAAAACGCACAUCGAGCGGAUCUCAUGGAUUUCUUGCAGCAUUGAAGUAAACUCUUUUGAAUUCGUUCUUUGGUGUUCUGUAAGAAUGCCUUUUCGUUGACAAAAAUAUCGUCUACCGUAGGAAUUUUAUGCGAGAUCUGAACAACUGCGCGCCUUCCACUCCCCAAGUCCUGUAAAAGUCAACUGAUAACCUGUAACUAGGCACUGUAUAUAUCGCUUUUAAUUUUUCUCGUUGCAAUUUAAUUUAUUGUUGGUAGGAAAGUUUGUCCGAACCGAUAAAUAUUUAAAUCGAAAACGGACGCUAUUUUUUCCAAAAAAGUUGUGAAAAACGGGAAAAGGGGAAUCAUUUUUCAUUUUGGUUUCCCCAUAAGUUCACAAAAUGAGCGUUGAUUAUGAGAGAGAGUAGGAAGAACAGAAUAGCUGGGCCGGAUGUUAAAAUUCAAAGCAACAUGUGCACAAAACAAUCAAGAGUUCGAUGCACAAAUCUAGACAAGAAACAAUUUUCCGACUUACUCUUAAGUUACUUGUAUAAUAAAUGUACUAACCAUAGGGAGGAUAAGGAAUGUUUUUAGCAGGGCAGUAUUAUUAAUUUUCAUCAUUACAUGAUGUUGUUUUAUUUCAGAUCCGAGUAAUAAUUCCAGAUUUGAACAGAAUGUUGUACAUUUUUUUUUUUUAAUGACAAGGGCAGUGUGAUGUCAUAGUGACGGAAUAUGAUGUCGUUACGGGCAUUUUCGAUAUGAAAUUUCUUGACUUACGUUGCCUCUCAUUAUUGGCUGAAUAAAUUAAACCGUCUGUAGUACCUAAAGAAUUGUAAGGAAAAGGCAUAGUCGUAUAUGAAACUGAGAUUUCAAAAUCAUUGAAAAAUCUUCUCUAUAAAUACUGAAA